AUGACAGAAUCCAAAGGCAAGAAAAUAGCAUUUAUACACCCCGACUUGGGUAUAGGCGGCGCAGAAAGGCUGGUAAUCGAUUUGGCUGUGGCUCUCCAAAAGCAAAAUCAUGAAGUUUUAUUUAUUACGAACCAUUUCGAUAAAAACCAUUCGUUCCCGGAGCUGCAAAAUGGGCAGUUUCCUGUUAAAGUGAUUGGUGACUGGUUGCCAAGAAGUAUUUACGGUAAAUUGCAAGCUUUAUGCGCAUAUUUUCGUAUGAUAUAUCUGAGUGUUGUUUACGUAUUGUUUAUGAGGAAGAGUGAUAAAGUGGACUUGUAUUUUACCGAUUUAAUUCCCGCCGCGAAUCCUGUGCUUAAGCUGGCAGGAGAGAAAGUUAUUUAUUAUUGCCAUCAUCCUGAUUUGCUGGCGAGUCCUCCAGGAGGAACACUUAAAAAGAUUUACAGAAAACCAUUGGAUUGGUUUGAGGGUAAAGCCACGGGAAUGGCGGAUUGCAUACUGGUUAAUAGUAAAUACACUCAGUCUGUAUUUACAAACACAUUCCCUAAUAUCAUUCAAAAAACUCAUAUCUUAUAUCCAACAAUUGCAUCGUCGUUUAAAGAUGCAACUAAGAAACUAAAACCAAAACCUAUCGGGGAUGUUAUUCCGAAAAUUUAUUCGAAAAGUGGCGAACCUGUUGUGUUUCUAUCAAUAAACAGAUUCCACCCAGCCAAAAAACUGGAAUUAGCAAUUCUUGCAAUGGAUGAAAUAAGAAACAUUACCACUCCAGAGGAAUGGGAUAGAAUAUUUCUCAUUUUAGCUGGCGGUUUCGAUCCUCAAUCAGCAAUUAAUUCCAAAACUUUUGAUCACCUCAUGCAUAUCAUAAAAGCAAAGGAAUUAAAACAGAAAAUUGUGUUACUCAAAUCACCAUCAGAUUUAACAAAAGUGGAACUGCUUUUAUCUUGCAGUUGUCUAGUUUACACCCCUGUGAAUGAACAUUUUGGUAUAGUCCCUUGUGAAGCAAUGUCUGUUUGUAAACCUGUUAUAGCCUGUAAUAGUGGUGGUCCGAUGGAAACAGUCAAAGAUAACAUCACAGGGUAUUUAUGUGAACCCAAUGGUAAAAGUUUGGCUGAAUCAAUGAAGAAAAUCCUUUAUGAAGAUGUGAGAAAAAUGGGAAAGUUGGGUUAUGAACAUUUUGAAGCAAACUUCUCAAUAACCACCUUUGAACAUACUUUAAAUACAAUUGUUGAUGAUACUGUAAAUAAAAAAUUUAACUAG